AGAGCUUCAUUUCUUUUCUUUGAGGUCUCCUAAAUACACUUAUUCUUACCUUUAACUUUAUGUUCAAUCAUUCUAAAUACACUACAUCUAUAUUAUUUAAUUUACCCCAACAUAUCCUCUAAAAUAUCCAACAUCAACAAGAAAAGACAUUUCCCUUUUUAGCCAAUAGGGUCUCCUCAUAUAUUCUAUGAUACAAAUGUUUCGAUGGUUAUUGAAGCCUAAGUUCUAUUCAAAAUGUAUAUCAUACAUAAAGUGUAUUAAGACGCGGUUAGAGACGAUGGAGAAGAAGAGAAGAGCUAUUCAGAAGUUUACGAAGAAUGACAUUGCUGAGCUUCUUAGGAGUGGACAUGAUUAUGAUGCAUAUAAAAGGACUGAAGGGCUUCUGUUUGAGGAAAAAAUAUUAUCCUGCUAUGAAUUCAUUGAAAAGUUUAUUGGAUGCAUAUCAGAUCAUCUUGAAGAAUUAAUUAAGCAGAGUGAAUGCCCUGAGGAAUGCAAGGAAGCUAUACCAUCAUUGAUGUAUGCUGCAGCAAGAAUUUCUGACCUACCAGAAUUGCGUGACCUUAGAACUUUGUUUACAGAAAAAUAUGGAAAUUCUCUUGAACCAUACAUAAAUAAAGAGUUUGUUGAGAAGUUGAGACAUUCUCCAACAAGAGAAAUGAAGAUAAGGUUAUUAUAUGAUAUUGCACAAGAGUUCUCUAUAGAAUGGGAUGGUAAGGCUUUGAAGAAAAUGCUUUAUACACACCCAUCAUUAUAUGAAGGGACGCAGUUGGGUGGAAGUGGAGGAGGAGAACACAAAAAUGAAAGUGACUUGAACACAUUCAAAGAAAAUGAGACAAUGCACCAAUACAAUAGUAGUGAUGAUGAAACAACAAGCACAGACACAUCACCAUCUCAUCAUCAUGGAAGAAAAGCUAGUUCAAGUUCAUUUGGAAGCAUAUCUGAAAAUGAAGAAGAAGUUGAAGAAAUCAAGAAACCAAAUUCCUUUUUGCUAAUUCCACCCCCUUACUUCAAACCACAAAAAACUAAUAACAAAGGUGAAAUAAAUUCCAACAAAACAUCAGACUCUGAACCAUUAGAGAAAAAUAUUGAUUCAAGUGGAUUGAAACCAACAACAUCAGUGGAAACAUCAUCUUCAAAAGGGUAUGCACAAAUGUGGGGUGGUGCAUGGCAUGUGCCUUCUACUUUACCUGAUUAUGAUGAUUUUAUUGCUCGUCUUAAAGCUUUCACUGGAAGAUCAUAGAAACUUAGGAUUUAAAGACACAUUGUUGUAAAUUUGUAAAUGUAAUGAUGCUAGAUUAAUUAUUAUA